CUCCAUCUAUACACUGAAGAAAACAAACAUGGCGAAGCAGCAGACUGAGAGUGGAGAAGAGAGCUACGAGCUGGAGAAACUGCGACCCCAAGUGGAGGAUCUGUGCAAGGAGUUCGACGCCCUGGCCGACAGUCCUCUGGCUGAGAGUGAGAGGGAGGACCUGGCUGCAAUCUUCACGGUCCUCAAAGAGAUCAGGGACAAGAUCGCACUGCCGCCACCGCAAGACGAUGGCAAGAAGGUAGACGACGACAAGCUCCUUCCCCGGGCCGGGAGCAAGAGGAAGGAGCUGAGCAACCUGCUGCCCCUCAUCAGGGCUGCAUUGGAGCAACGCAGCAAGCGGCCGCUUGGGCAGCAGGACGCCGCAGAGGGCUCUGCCGGUGGUGGUGCCGAGCCCGACGACAGCAAGCCGGGGUCGGCGGCCAUGACCGGCUGCAUCCCCUGCAAGCCCCGGGCGUCGCAGCUAAGCAAGAAGCAGCAGCAGCAGCAGGGGGAAGAAAAGGAAGGCAAUAAGGAUGGCGUGUCACUGAAGCUGCUGCUCCGGCUGACCCAGAACGUGCUGGAGCCGGAGCAGUACUACGAGUGGACGACCAGCUACGUGGACGAGGAGAGGAUCUACGGGUGGGACAAGGAUGCCGGCGAGGUGAUCGACGCCCUCGUGGCCCCCGACGGCUCGGAGCGGAUGUUCCGGGCGGCGGGCAUCGCGGGCAUCCACGGCAGCGGCAAGACGGCGCUGGCGCAGAAGGUGUUCGUUCACGACAAGGCCAAGGACUACUUCGCGCUCCGCCUGUGGGUGUGCGUCGGCCCGCCGGAGCCGGACUCGGAGGACCGCUUCAACCUCCUCUACCGGAUGCUCGACAACCUCGGCCUCGACACCGCCAAGGUCGAGGACAUCGUCGACAACUCCAAGGUCGUCUCAAACGCCAAGGACGCCGAGAAAAAAAAGAUCAUGGAGAAGCCGGAAGCCACUGCUGCACUCCGGAAGAAGGCGACGUCCGACGAUGCGACGAAGGAGGGGAACGUCGUCACCGAGGCCGAAGAUGCCAACAGGCAGGCAAAGGAGGAGGAGGAUCGCAUCUUCGAGAACCUGCUCAAGGAGAAGAUCGACAACAGCCGUGCCGUCGAGAAAUCCAAAAUCGGGGUGCUGCUCUACAUCCUCAACAUGACGCUGUCCAAGACGUCGUACAUGAUCGUGUUCGACGACAUCCGGGCAUACCGCCGCGACGACGACGACGACGGUUGCUGGUACAGCAACCUGACGCUGCAGCCGCCGUUGGAUUGCGAGUGGGGGGACCGCCUCGCCUACGGCCUGCCCAAGGGGGAGCACAGGGGCGCCGUGCUCGUCACCUGCCGCAAGGAGGACGACGCCAAGACCAUGGCGCGCACGGGCCGCGUGGUCCGCCCGCCCAAGCUGGAAGGGGAGGAUGCCUGGAAGCUCUUCAGGAGGGAGUACGACCAGCGCAAGAAGGAGGGCGGCAAGGUGGAGGAGGACCUGCUCCUCAAGCAGCUGGAGGAGAUGAAGAAGGAGAUCGUGGACAAGUGCCUCGGCCUGCCGGUGGCCAUCAUCGAGGCGGCCAAGGGCUUCGCCGUCCUGGAUCCCUUGCUGGAUUUGCCGGAUGAUACUAGUGCAACGAAAGAAGCUGCAGCAGAAGUUAAACCUGAAGCAGCAGGUGGCCACGCCCACACCGAGAGCAGUAAGGACAUGCAUCAGGCUGAAGAAGCAGAAGAAGGUGCUGCUGAGUCUGAAUGAAUGCAUUGGCCGCGCGCAUUGCUGUGAGAUCACUCUCUAUAUGUGUGUGUCAGCAUCUUCUUCCCGUUUGCGAUGUAACUAUCUACAAGCCUACAGUAUAACUGUUUUGGCUGUCUGCAUGCUUUUUGUGCAAAUGACACGUUGUUUGCGGUUUUUUGUAAACUUAUACAUUUUCUCAUCAAUUUUACAAAAAAUGAAUGUGGAAUGCUA